UCGACUUUGCAAAUUUUACAAAAGCAAAGAAAUCAUGACACAUCCCACAAUCCCUAGCUAAAAUGAUUGACUAAUUGAUAAGAGGGAAAUGACAACAUAUAAACACAAGACAUUGGUCUAACAUGGUGUAGUAUGGCAUCCAGGCAUAGGAGAAGCCAUAAGCGUGCUGAAGAAUACGAUACAUAUAGUAGUGAUACCGAUUAUUACUCCGAGACAGAUGAGAGAAGGAAAGCUUGUAUAAAACGUACAAGUUCUCUUGGUGCUCCUCGGUCAAAACCCUGCCUUGUAAAUCGUGCCAGAUCAGCAAGUUUUGAGAACUCGAGUAACGAUGAUGGUGAUGUAAGCGUGUCAUCAGUGAAUUCAACGCCUGGACGCUCGACAAGAUCACAGAGAGUGCCUGUAAACUUGUUAAUUAACCCUUCUGUUGCCGGUGCCUCAAAUUAUGUACCAUACAUGGAUGAUACUCCAGAAGACAAUAAAGGUGUUAUCAUAGUAAAUAACAAAAAACAGACGGUCGGACAGCCUAGGGACACAUCUAGUCCAAGACUAGGGGAGAGAAUCACACUUCUUGUAGAUGGCAAACGAUUUGUGGUGGACCCAGAGUUGUUUAGGCAACAUCCGAAUACUAUGCUGGGAAGAAUGUUCACAUCAUCGCUGGAAAAUAAUUUUACACAUCCCAAUGAACGAGGCGAAUAUGAGGUAGCUGAAGGGUUCACUUCAUCUGUGUUUAGAGCCAUAUUGGAUUUCUAUCGUGAGGGUGUGAUUCGCUGUCCUCCAAAUGUAUCAAUACAGGAGCUAAGGGAAGCUUGUGACUACUUGCUCAUACCUUUCGAUUCGAUGACAAUCAAGUGUCAGAAUCUUAGAUCUCUUCUACAUGAGUUGUCAAAUGAAGGUGCUAGACAACAGUUCCAGGUGUUCGUAGAGGAGAUGAUCCUCCCGCAGAUGUGUGAAUGCGCUCAGCGUGGAGACAGAGAGUGUCAUAUUGUGGUGCUAUGUGACGACGAUAUUGUGGAUUGGGACGAGGAAUAUCCUCCACAAAUGGGAGAUGAUAAUCCCCAGAUUAUUUACAGUGGACAUAUGCACCGAUUCUUCAAGUACAUUGAGAACAGAGAUGUAGCUAAACAAGUCCUGAAAGAGAGAGGAUUGAAAAAGAUCAAAAUAGGAAUUGAAGGCUACCCAACUUACAAGGAGAAGAUAAGGAGAAGACGUGGUGGAAGACCUGAAGUGAUAUACAACUAUGUUCAGCGGGUGUUUCUACGAAUGUCUUGGGAGAAAGAGGAGGCAAAGAGUCGACAUGUGGAUUUCCAGUGUGUCAAGUCGAAAUCAAUUACUAAUAUUGCUGAAGCAUCUGCCGACAUAGCAAUAGACCCACCACCAACGCCAGCGGUACUACAACAACAACAAGGUGCAGAUGGCUCGAUGCAAGUGAUUCCUCCACAACCUUCGCCGUCGGAACCAUAUGUAGAUAUCGACUUACUGCCGGAAGGUGACGUAGAGUAGCGAUCUUGUUACUUGCUCAACAGGGUGUUGCGGACAGUAUAUCUUUUUUACUAUGUAGACAACAGAAGACUAUAAUUGUAUGAAAUCUUUUUUCAUUCCUAGAGACAUAUGUAUGUAUAUUUAUAUAUAUGUGUAUAUUGUAGUUACCUGUUUGUUGUUUUGAGUCCAAUCUUUCGUAGUAAGAUUUGUCUUAGAAAUGUAGUGAUACAGACUUACUUUUAACAUGUUUGACCGGCAGUUGCGGUUUCUCCAGUCGACCCUUGCGUUAGAAAAUGCAUGCAGGUAGCUGAACCCACUUGCACAGUCUACAGGGUAUUAACGCCAAUUUUGAGAGAAGUGAACAAAAACAUUGUUGAUAUUUUUAUGGAACAAAACAUUGCUGUUUUAAGAACAAGCAAGGUUGUUACUGUUUUAAGUUAGAGCAUAACUUUGAACAUACGUAAGUUGAGCAUAUACCUUUAUAAAGAAAAAAAUUCCAAUGACAUAUAUUGAAAGAAUCUGUUACUGAAAAAAUAAAAUUAUAAAACAAAAGGAUGAACUGAUUAUUGUCUAUUUAUUAGAUAGAUGUUAAAAUGUAUUAUUGAGCAUACAGAAUUAAGUCAGUCCUUCAAGCCUACAUAUCGCAAAUGUAUGACAGUGUCGGUCAGUGCCUUGGAGUGUUUUUACCAAAAAAUGCAUGAUUCUUGAAGAAUAUUGAUAUUCCUUUGUUGGGCAUUAAAUGAAAUAUUAGCCAUCACAUAGGAAAUAUUUGUGUAUAUUUUUAUUAUUGAAUUCAAUUGAUUUUUGUUCACUUGAUGUAGAAAUGUUUCUGGGGUUCCACUUUGAGUAAAAAUUCAUAAAACCCAGGAAUUCCAUUACCAAAAUAAGUGUCAUAAAUACUUGUGAGCGGUUCCCUGCUUCAGCCUUCUUGCUAAGACAUAGUAUUAACAGAAGUAGUUAUUUUUCUGUAUAAAAGGGAAACCAGAAGCAGGAACUAUGAUUAAUGUGAAGGCAGAUAAGUUGAUUUUGGUGUAAGAAUAUAAGCUGUGAUAAGAUACUUUAAGUUGGGUAAUUUUCGCCUAGGUUUUUAUAAGGGUUUUCAUGGUUAGCAGCUGUAUUUGUGGUGUUAAGAAUUCACAAAAUGUGUUUAUGUUUUAGAAUAUGAUGUAGAUUAAUAUUAGUAAAUAUUUGAAUAUUCAUAAAUAAUAUUAAUAAAUAUUUUGAAUAUUCAUAAAUAAGUAAUAUUCAGAAAUAUUUUGAAUAUUCAUAAAUAAUGUAUUUUCCUAAAUAUUUGAAUAUUCAUAAAAUAAUUGAUAUUCAGAAAUAUUUUUAAUAUGAAUGAAAAUAAAACCAUGGUAGAUAUUACCCACAGUAGUAUGUAUAGGAAUGGUUUACCAUAUUUUAUCUGUAACAUACACAGAAAUAUACACAUUUUCAGUAUUUGGUAGUGUGUUUAUUUUUGGGCUCUUUACAGUUUGGGCUACAUAAUGUAAAACUGUCCUGCAUGUAGGACUGCUUUUUUGUACAGUCCACACAAAAUACUUACUAUAUAUAAGUGUUUGUCUUCUUCAAUAUAGUAAAAUUAUAAAGUGUUUUAUAUAUGUGGUGGAAUUUAUAUUUGUAUACAGUUGCUUGUAUGAACAAUAUAUAUUUUGGUUGUUGUAAAGGUAAGCUGGUCAAAGAACUAAUAUAUAGCAUUUAUGAUGUAUAUUCAUGAGCUCUUUCUAAUUUUUACUGUUUUCAUUCUUUAUGGUCAGGUAAUUUAGAUGACCUGGUUUAAUGUAGAAUUUAACACAAGUUAACCCUUAGCCUGCUGGUGGCAAGUGAUUCUGCCUUUGCGACCAGUGCAGACCAUGAUCAGCCUGCACAUCUGUGCAGGCUGAUCAUGGUCUGCACUGUUUGCUAUUCAGUCAGUAAAUUUUUGUUAAGCACCCCUUUUAACAGUUAAUGGUACUGUCCAAACUGAAAGAUGGACAAGUUCAUUAUAGAAAUUUAGCAGGGUACGGGUUAAUGCUUUGAUAGAAGAGAGGUUGAGAUAUCAAGAUGUACCAGUAUAUAUGAAGCAAAUCCCUAGUAGUACUAAGUAACUAGUCUUCUUGUCUUAAAAAUUGACCAGAAAGAUUUAAUCAGUUACUAAAUACAUGUAUACAGAUAAAUCUACAUAUUUCUAGUUUUACCAGUGUUUGGCUAAAACUCAUAAAGAUUGCAGUGUUCUGAAAUUGAUUAAUUAGGACACUUAGUUAUAGAUAAAGUAUGAAAUCCUUCAUAUACAACUUCAAGUUUGAAUUUUUUCUGCUGUGUUUCCAAUUUAACCUAUGUAAUGCACUGUUCUUUUAAAUUUGUAGCACCAGGGUCUCGGUCAUUUUGCUUCAAGGAUCUUUUGGGGGUUGUUUUUCAUAACAGACUGUUGAUAUUUGAUGUUGAAGCCUCUCUACUGGUUUCCUUGCUACAGCUAUGAUAUGCGAGUUAAAAAUCUUAAUUUUUUUUCAGAGAGCCAGCAUUCUUACUUCUAUUAAAGUAAUCGAAAGGGAAAUUUCGUAAUUUUAGUGUAAAGCUUUUGUUUUAAGAGAAUGAAAAUGAAAAGAAUAAUGUACAUGUUCUGGUCUUCAGUUUCAGCGUAUUAGUCAAUAGUCUUCUAUUUACGGGUAUUUCAAUUAGACAAAUUUCCUUUAUUGGAGAAAUGCUUACUUUUCGUAAAAUUAUGUUUAAAAACUUUCUUGAUAUUGUUUAAAUGUGUUCAGAGUACAUUGCUUAGUAUACUUCAUUGCCCAAAGUCUGAAAUUUAGACUUGAACUUUAAAUGUUCUAUUUGCUCCUGAAACUUUACAUGUAUUUGUUCAGUUGUAAAAGCAUAGUUUCAUGAAAAUGAAUCCUUAAAAAAGACUGAAAAAAGUAUGUAGGCUGAAAAAUUUUGUAAAAUUCAGACCAGAUCUACAGUAUUGAAGAAUAUGGGCAAGUUUUUCUGUUGGAAUUAGCUUUUUGUACAGAAGAUUUGCACUAUUUGUUAGUGUUAUACUGUACAUAUUUUGAAUGUUGUUGUGUUUAGCUUAAUCCUAUCACUAUUAAGACAUAUUUUUGAAGGGCGUGUAUGUCAAGUAUCUAGUGGUAACAUAGAUUAGCUGUAUAUUGCUUUAUCAGACUUACUCACAUUUACUGACAGUUUCAGUUACUGAGGGGAUUAGUCUGUUACUUCAUAGUGGCAAUGUCUCCUAACAAAACUCAUCUCUGUGAAAUAAUUAAUUAAUUGAGGGACUUUUUUUUGCAGAAAAUACUAAUGAAGCAGUAAAAUUCCCAUUCAUUUUGUGUUCCGAGGUCAAAAUCAGUACAUUUAUAUCCUUAGAAUAGCCAAUUUGGCUAAAACAAUGAACUUUCCUGUCCAUGAAAUUUAAUUAAAAAUUACACAGUAAUACAUUUUCAUCCCUCAUUUCAAGCAACAGUACUGUAAUUGUGCACAAACUGUAAAUAUUUACUAUCAUUUCUUUGUUCUUAGCAGUAAGGUCUAAGGGCAGUCAUUGGUAAAAGGGAUAUAUAUAUAUAUAUAUAUAUAAAGUGAGAUAUUAAAGAAAAAACAUCAACGAAAUGCCUUUCAAACACACUGGAUCCCAGAAGGAUACAAGAACAUAAAGAUAAAAUUAUAGAGUAUGAGAAAAAAUAUAUGUUCAAACAGUGUCAAAAGUUUAAUUAUAAACCCGAGCGCUUUCGGCUUUUUAAAAAAGCCUUUUUCAAGGGUAGCAUAAAUCAAAACAACACAGCAACGGCGUAAAUACUAGUCUUACUAGAUUAGCCUGCUGAAGCAUUAUUUUCCCCACUAAGAUUAAAAACACAGAUACUAGUAGUUCAUUUUAGCAGAUAUGAAAUCACUUUAGGCAAUUGGACAUAGUUUUUAAUUAACAUCGACCACAACAUAGAUUUUCUUUUUCCGCUACCUUCUCUGUUGAAAACGGCGUUAAACACAAAACCAAUGAACGAAAUCCUCAGGAAAAAUACAGGGAACCAAUCAAAAACGCUCUAUUUUUAUAAAACCGCUAUUUUUAUUUAUCACUCAUUCUGUUGAUCGAUAUGUUCAUUGAGCAUUUAUAUAUCGAACUAUACAGGCGGUAUUUACGCCGUUGCUGUGUUGUUUUGAUUUAUGCUACCCUUGAAAAAGGCUUUUUUAAAAAGCCGAAAGCGCUCGGGUUUAUAAUUAAACUUUUGACACUGUUUGAACAUAUAUUUUUUCUCAUACUCUAUAUAUAUAUAUAUAUAUAUAUAUAUAUAUAUAUAUAUAUAUAUAUAUAUAUAUAUAUAUAUAUAAGGCUGAUCUGGUUUUAGUUCUCAGUUUCUUACUUGGAUUAAAAUCUACUGGAAAAUUGUUAUAAUUAUGUGAAUUCACAUCUGUAGAAAUAAUAAGGAUCACAGUCAAAAAAAAAAGAGAUUGUAUGAAUAAUUUAAUAUAUCCAUUCUUCAACAAUUUUCCCAUCGAAACUAUGUAAUUAGGUAACCAUCUGUAUCAUCUGUAAGUAUAACAUUUCUUCAGAUUUUCUAUUCUUGUUAUUCAAAACAUUUUUUCUCCCUUUACUGGAUACAGUUGUCUGAAAACCCCAAGUAGAAUUGUAACAGUGUUCUAGAAUGUCUGUGAUAUAUGUUUGCCAUAGUCCUGUAAAUAUUGUGUAAUGAAAUCCACAGCAUUGUUUUUGAAUAUUAACGUGUAACUACAUGAGAAAGGUAUUCUAUGCUUAGUUUUUGAGACAUUUAAGAUUUGAAAUUUCUGUCAAGUUUAUAAACUAGAUUUACUUCUUUUAGCUUACUCACGAAGAAUGCUUGAAGUUUAUUUGAAUGAGUCUGCUUCCUUCAAGAAAUGGCGCUGGUGUCAUAUAUGGAGGAGAAACUGUAAAUCUUAUGUGGGUUACAGAACAUGACUUCUGGGCUCGCACCUUAGUCACUACAGACUUAUUUUACUGAUUCAGAUUCUACUUUUUUGAAACAUGAAAAGUUCUUUUAUUAACAUGUUGCAGACUGGUAUGUUGAUAACAUCAUUUAAGCAUAUGGUACCUUUUCUUGUGACUUGUUUCAUGUUAGUUAAUGCACAGUUCUUACUCGUAAAGUGUAUUUUAUGCUAUAGGAAUGUACAGAAUAGGUUAUUUUAGUCUUAUUAGUAAGCACUUUUUUGAAAAGGAAGGAAUGACCAAAAUGUUAAUGAAAGGGUUUUUUUCCAUAUUUUUCUAUGAAUAUAGGUUGUAACUAAACAUUUGGUCUUAGUUUAAAUGUAAUUAAGAAAGUCAUUUUGUAAACUUCUCAUUUUGAAUGGUAUAAAAUUGAAUAUUAUUGUGGUGGUGAAUGUUAGCUGUUAUUAUGAUUGUUCAAAUUAAAAAUGUAUACCUUCUUAACUCAGACUGGUAUGUUAAAUUUAUUUGUAAUAGCAACAUGUGUGCAACAUGUAUGUCUAGUUGCAAUAUGCAUACUACCUGUAUAUUUACUUAAGAGCUGACACUUUAUGGUACUUCAUUUCAGUUUGACCCAUUUUCUACUUUUUAACAAUCUUUACCUAGCAUUCAGGAUCCUGUACAAACAGUAGAUACCGGAACUAACUUUCGAAAUAAUUGACACAGACACAAGGAUAUUUAAAUGCAAAGCCACCACCUUGCUUUAUAAAACUUUUAAAGCAAAGGAUCAUAUGUGUAAGAUUUUGGUAGGGAUGUGAGUUAGAUUCAAAUGUUGAAAUUCAGAUAAACUAAAAAGUGUGUUUCAUGAUGUGAAAGAUCUUAAAUAGAUAGAAAGUGGGCAUGACCAUUAUGUAACUAGAUUUUAGAUUUGUAAAGGUAUGAAGUUUGAAAUAUGAGCCGUGCCAUGACAAAACCAACAUAGUGGGUUUGCGACCAGCAUGGAUCCAGACCAGCCUGCGCAUCCGCGCAGUCUGGUCAGGCUCCAUGCUGUUCGCUUUUAAAGCCUAUUGGAAUUGGAGAAACUGUUAGCGAACAGCAUGGAUCCUGACCAGACUGCGCGGAUGCGCAGGCUGGUCUGGAUCCAUGCUGGUCGCAAAGCCACUAUGUUGGUUUUCCCAUGGCACGGCUCAUAUGUCUUACCAGCAUUAAGAAUAUUCAUAUCUUCAGAUGAAAUUACAAUGUAUUUGGUUUGUUUCAUGUGGCAUUUUUUUUCUUGUUUAUUUGACAUUUUCAGUUAAUUUUGCGUGUGUAGAGUAUAUUUUCGGUAUUUGUCUUGAAGUUUCGGUAUGUAGUUUUUAUUUGUAUUUGCUUUUAACUGCACAGUUACUAUUUUGGUCUAAAGAUAAAUCAUCUUAUUGUAAAGUUACCUUUAGACCAAGUUAUUAUUGAAACUUUGGUUGUGGUCAUUGAGGGUUAGAAAAUGAGGUCAGAUAGUGAAAUAGAAAUAAGUAUCAGUACACACGUUGGUACAAGUAUAGGGAUAAGACAUUAAUACACAAACAUGUGUGAUUUCGCUAUUCUUGUAUAUAAACUUUGCACAGAAACAAAAUGUAUGGCAUUUAUAGGUGAUGACAUUAUGAUUCUAGUACAGUUAUUUUUUGUUAAGUUGCCCCAUGUGGUUCUAAGACGAUCUAUGUAUGAAAAGAAUUGGAACCACUGCCUUACCUUUGCAUGAUCGUAAAAGGCGACUAAUAGGGUCUUAACACUUGGUUUUGUUGUAACUCUGUGAUUCCAGCAGUUAUGCAAAUUUUGAUUUCACACCUCAUGUUUUUAUUUCGAUGUAAAUGAGAUGUGAAUCCAAAAUUUGUAGUCCUGUAUGGCGCCAUAUAACAUAUACUGUGUUGGUGCGCCGUAAAACCCAAAUAAAUAAAUAUUGUUGUUAAAGUGGUAAUGGCGACAGUUUUUUUUUUAAAAAAAUACCAAUGACCGGGGUGCAUAAAUCAACAGCACUACCAAAUUCAUGUAUUCAAUGUUUUUAAAUGAUCUCUUUAUUACAACAAUGACAGUAACAGGAUAUCGUUGAAUAAUUCAGUAGAAAUGAAUACAAUUUCAAAAAUAAUAAAUUUUCAUACAAGUUGAUUUGAGAACGUUUUUCCUGUUAGUAUAAUGCCAGGACGUCAUGAAAAGAGGUUUUUAAGCAAAAAAUAAUUGUAAACCAUUUUUACUUGAAACUUUUAUGAGAAAAGACAAAAAAGCCUGAUCGUAUAUGGUUGCUGUAAAUUAUUUCACAUGCAGGUCAAAAGUAAGUCGGGGUUUUGUUUGCAUUCAAUUCGGAAUACUAUUUGUUGGAUAAAGUUUUUGAGUCCGACAGAUUGUAAAAUGUUCAAAUCAAUGAAUAAUUAUUUUAAGAAAAACUCUAAGAUACUUUAUUAUUCUUGAUGACAUGAUGUACAGUAAAUAAACUACAACAAUGUUCAGUUUAUCAUUUUACUUCAGAGUUGUAGGAAACACACAUGUUGACUAUUGUUUGUUUUUUUUUUCGUUUAUAUGUAACCAUCUUUCGUUUUACCAUCGUACAAAUAUUUAUUUGUAUUACAAUAUAAAAUAUAAUAAAGGAAAAAAAAAUAUA